AUGCAGGCGAACCACCAUUCUGUGUCUCUAAGUUUAAAAAUAUCAGGUGCUUCUGCAAGUGACUUGUUUGCCCUUAGAGACAAAAGGGGUGCAAAAGACUUUAUUGCCGCAAUAGACUCCCGCAUUGAAGAGUUCCACCCUUCAGUGAGCCACUACAAGCGAGAACAUGCUCCUAAUAGGCGAUAUUUGUCAUCGGACAUAACCAUUCGUGAAAUGCACUCCUAUUUCACAGAGACGUAUUGCUCUCUAAAGGCAGGGUACAAAUCCUACCCCUGCAGGAAAACAUUUGCCGACACUCUAACCAAGUGCUACAGGGACCAAAACUUUGGCAGGGGCCUCGUGUUUCUCAACGUCACAGAAAGACGAGACGCCAUCUUGGGUGUCAACAAAACGGAAGUGGAGCGAUUCUGUCAAGUGAAAAACACGAUAAUCCAAUGCCUCAAGCUAUCUGCCGUACAGUGCAACGACUCCCCCAUCAUGUUGAGGAAGUUUAGCUUGGACAUAGAGAGACUCAACUCGACGUAUACAGUCUUGUGUAAUCACACUGAUGUUUAUGAGGACGCAGUGAAGUGUUUCCGGCAGCCGACGAGGGAGGUGUCGGCCUGUAGACAGACAGUGGUCAGUAAGGUGAUGUCACUAGAGGGACAGCUGGCCGACCUCAAUGUCACCGAAGCGCAGUUCAGGGAUGACAUCUGCAGAAUCCGAGUUGACCAGAUUCAAUGUGAGACUAACGCCAUCAUUGCUGAAAACGACACUUCAAAGUGUCACGAUGUCGUUCUUGGCAUGCGCAGACAGCAGGAGUGUACUCUCCUGCCCAAAGAGUGCAGGAACAGUGACUUAGGACGCAUCAGCAGACUAUGUCGUGUUUCCGACUUCUACAUUCCUGAUCGAGCCUUCUAUAAAUCUUUGGCGCCCCCCUUUUUUAAGUCAUCACAAAAUAAGUGGAACUUGUUUGUAGCAGUUUUUGUUGUAGUUUUAACUGCUAACUUAUUUUCCAAAUAGUAAUGCGUCGUAGCUGGAGUGACGCAGCUAUCUAUUUAUCUAUCUGUCUCUUUCUCUCUUCCUCUCUAUUUC